ACAAAAUAAUGACCCUUAACACUACGGAAAUCGUGAUUAUAGCAAUAGUAUCUGCAUUGGUAAUGUGGUUAUUAGUGGGUUUAAGUUUAGUGUGCUACAGAUUCCUCACUAAGCAACUCGAAUGUCCACCUUGCGAAACGAAAACUACUCCAUUUGCAGUUUUGUAUGAGAAUGCGGAUUAUUGUCAACCGGAUACGUGUUCUUCGAAGUCGUUGCGAAAGGGCGUGCUUGAAAAAUUGAAAGAGUGGUGGAGAAAUAGGUUUGGACGAUGCCCAGGGGGAUGUCAAGAUCAUAUGGAUGAGGAACGUUGCUUAGCUGCAAUCAGUUACAACAGCAAAGGCAGCAUCAGUAAUAUCGGCAGAAUUUAUCCACGAAAGAAAUACACUAAAUCUACUUCCGCUUCUCCAUCAGAAACAUCUAGAGGUCGUACACCUUAUAAGCAUAGUGUUUGCUAUAGUUCUGAAGGAUCGACCACCUACUCCGAUAGUCCAGCAGCCAAGCCAAGAUAACAGUUGCAUUAAUUUCAAGUUUUGUGAAUAAUGAUACAAGCUAUAAAAGAGAAUCGCACCUGCUCUAAGAUAUACCAUUUAAUUUUACAAUAUUUUAAUCAAUAAAGUAAAAUCAAACAAAUCUAACAUGCUUAUCUCUAAUAUUAGCAGUACUUUUCGCUUACGAAAAAAGAAAACUGCGAGGCAUGGGUGUCCGCAAGAUUUUUUU